UUUCCCUUCCCUCGGUAGCGCUCUGACGUGCACACCAUGUGACAGGCCUCCUGCUAUAAGCCGAGGAAAGGUCCGCCCUCUCCUGGACUCAGCCCUCGCCUCGCCGAGCUCGGUCCCUAGACUCUCACCCGUCCCGCACCGUCCCGGGCGCCCGACACUCUGACUUGCUCGCCCGGGGCCUCGCCACCCCCUCCUCACUGAUCGUGCGAGGCCCCGCUCCGCAAGGGGAAGGUCAAGUCCCCCCGCCUGGGACCGGAGCGCGCGGAGUCCAGCGAGUGCAGAGACCUUGCGGCUCUCGCGGCGGCGCAGGAGUUACAAAGUCGCGGCGCAAAAAGCCUCUGCCGCAGCCCGGCAGCUCCCGCGCAGCUCCAGCGGCGGCGGCGCCCCCAGCGUGGCGCCCCCGUGCCGGGCCCGCCGCCCGGGACCCGGGCUGGGGCGCGGCGGGAGCCCGGAGCCCGGCGCCCCUAUGCGCCGCCUCGCCGCCGCCGCGCUACAGCUAUGACCCUGAGCACGGAGAUGUCCGAUGCCUCCGGCCUCGCGGAGGAGACAGACAUCGACGUGGUAGGGGAGGGCGAGGACGAAGACGACGAGGAAGAGGACGACGACGAGGGCAGCGGCGGCGUGUCCCGCCUGGCGGUCCCCGCGCAGCGGCGGCGGCGGCGGCGCUCCUACGCCGGAGAGGACGAGCUGGAGGACCUGGAGGAGGAGGACGACGACGACGAUGACAUCCUGCUGGCCCCGCGCUCAGUGGCCUCCCCGGCGCCCCCGGGCCCAGCCCCAGUGGCGGGGGCCGGGGCCGGCGGGGGCGGCGGCGCGGGCUCGGGCGCGGGCGGCGGCGGCGGCGGGACCGCGGGCGGCGGCGCCAAGAACCCCCUGGUGAAGCCGCCCUACUCGUACAUCGCGCUCAUCACCAUGGCCAUCCUGCAGAGCCCCAAGAAGCGGCUGACGCUGAGCGAGAUCUGCGAGUUCAUCAGCGGCCGCUUCCCCUACUACCGGGAGAAGUUCCCCGCCUGGCAGAACAGCAUCCGCCACAACCUCUCGCUCAACGACUGCUUCGUCAAGAUCCCCCGCGAGCCCGGCAACCCCGGCAAAGGCAACUACUGGACGCUGGACCCCGAGUCCGCCGACAUGUUCGACAACGGCAGCUUCCUGCGCCGGAGGAAGCGCUUCAAGCGGCAGCCGCUGCUCCCGCCCAACGCCGCGGCCGCCGAGUCGCUGCUGCUGCGCAGCGCAGGGGGCGCGGCGGGCGCGGGCGACCCCGCGGCGGCCGCGGCGCUCUUCCCGCCCGCGCCCCCGCCGCCCCCGCACGCCUACGGCUACGGCCCCUACGGCUGCGGCUACGGCCUGCAGCUGCCGCCCUACGCGCCGCCCUCGGCCCUCUUCGCCGCCGCCGCGGCCGCCGCCGCCGCCGCCGCCUUCCACCCGCACUCGCCCCCGCCGCCCCCGCCGCCCCCGCCGCCGCACGGCGCGGCCGCGGAGCUGGCCCGGACCGCCUUCGGCUACCGGCCGCACCCGCUCGGCGCCGCCCUGCCCGCCCCCCUGCAGGCCUCGGCUGCCAAGGCCGGCGGCCCGGGCGCCUCGGCGCUGGCGCGCUCGCCCUUCUCCAUCGAGAGCAUCAUCGGAGGCAGCCUGGGCCCGGCCGCCGCCGCCGCCGCCGCCGCGCAAGCAGCCGUGGCCGUGCAGGCCUCGCCUUCACCCUCUGCGGGGACCCCGUCCGCGCCCGCGCCGGGAUCCGGCGGCGGCGGCGGCGGCGGCGGCGGCUGCGCGGCUCAGGCGGCCGUAGGCCCGGCCGCCGCGCUCACCCGCUCCCUCGUGGCCGCCGCGGCCGCCGCCGCCUCCUCGGUCUCCUCGUCCGCCGCGCUGGGGACUCUGCACCAAGGGACUGCCCUGUCCAGUGUCGAGAACUUUACUGCUAGGAUUUCGAAUUGUUAAUAACGCUAUGUUAGCGCGCUUGGGAAAGAGAAGCACGGCUAAGAGAGAUGACUUUGGAACCGAGAACGUCCAGAUGCCACAGCUGCCCGGGGUGGAGACGAGUUAGCAGGCGGAACCCAAACGGCCCAGGCACCGCUCGCAUGCCUCGCAGCCUUCUGUUGUCCGCGCUUUUAAGAGAAUGCUGGAUGGUGUGCAAUCUAGCGCUGGCCUCCUUUGGCGUCUGGAGGUGGGGUCCCGCAUCACCCAAGCCAGCUAGAGAGACCGAAAGACUGUGGUGCGUCCCUGAGCCCUAAGAAAAAGUAAGCUCAACCGGCCUGCUCACUGUCGAGUUUUGCCUCAUCACCUUCCGGGUUUGGGCUUCCACGGUAGGUGUUGCUGGCCCGGAGACGGAGGAGAUAGUGGGGAGCGAAGGCGGCGAGCCGGGCAGGGAGUGAGCGGUGGCGGACUACCGGGCGGCCGGGAACGCGGGGCUCGCCCGGUUGGCUGUGUGGACGAGCAGGUGCUGGAACAAAGGCCGCGGGGCUGCCGGGCUACCAAGGCCUUUGAUGGGCAAGGACGUCUCCUCCCGGGGCUCCUCAUUCGCAUGCAAAUCCAGCUC